AAAGCAGCUAGUAAGUUGCAGGACAUGAUUCUUUGCUGCUGACCCUUAUAUUCCAACAUGGGUACCUCUACUAAAUACACACCAGCCUCCACGGAGGAGCCAGUCCCUAAUGGGACAAAGGAUUCCACGGCAGACUCUGGCUCGCAAGAGUCCAUGAAACUGAAAAAAGAGAUCUCUCUGUUGAAUGGGGUAUGCCUCAUUGUGGGGAACAUGAUUGGUUCUGGAAUCUUUGUGUCACCCAAAGGAGUCUUAAUAUACAGUGCUUCCUAUGGCCUCUCACUGGUAAUAUGGGCAAUCGGAGGUGUUUUUUCUAUCUUUGGUGCUUUGUGUUAUGCUGAGCUUGGGACCACAAUCACCAAGUCUGGGGCCAGCUAUGCCUAUAUUCUAGAGGCCUUCGGGGGGUUUGUGGCUUUUAUCAGACUCUGGACAUCUCUUCUCAUCAUUGAGCCCACAAGCCAAGCUGUCAUUGCCAUCACAUUUUCCAACUAUAUGUUGCAGCCUAUCUUCCCUUCAUGUGGAUCUCCUUAUGCUGCUAACAGACUUAUUGCAGCAGGCUGUAUAGCACUCCUUACCUUUGUGAAUUGUGCCUAUGUAAAAUGGGGGACCCGGGUCCAGGAUAUCUUCACUUAUGCCAAAGUGCUAGCUUUGAUUGCUGUCAUUAUAGCUGGAAUUGUAAAGAUCUGUCAAGGUCAGUCGGAAAACUUUGAAAAUUCCUUUGCUGGCUCCUCAUAUGAUGUUGGUGACAUUGCUCUUGCAUUGUACUCUGCACUUUUCUCAUACUCAGGAUGGGACACACUUAACUUUGUCACAGAAGAAAUAAAAAACCCAGAGAGGAACCUGCCAUUGGCCAUUGGAAUUUCUAUGCCUAUUGUGACAGUGAUUUACAUUCUUACCAAUGUAGCCUAUUACACCGUGCUGGAUAUCAAUGAAAUUCUUGCCAGUGAUGCUGUUGCUGUGACCUUUGCUGAUCAGAUUUUUGGCAUAUUUAACUGGACUAUACCACUGGCUGUUGCUUUGUCUUGCUUUGGUGGCCUCAAUGCAUCUAUCCUUGCUGCAUCCAGGCUGUUCUUUGUGGGAUCUCGGGAGGGCCACCUUCCUGAUUCACUCAGUAUGAUCCACGUGCAAAGAUUUACACCCAUACCUGCCCUUCUCUUUAAUGGUGCAAUGGCUCUGGUGUAUCUCUGUGUUGAAGACAUCUUCCAGCUCAUUAAUUACUAUAGCUUCAGUUACUGGCUGUUUGUGGGACUUUCUAUAGCUGGGCAGCUAUAUCUGCGUUGGAAAGAACCAGACCGACCUAGGCCACUUAAGCUCAGUCUAGUGUUCCCGAUCAUAUUCUGUCUUUGUACCGUGUUCCUGGUGGCUGUGCCCCUGUAUAGUGACCUAAUAAAUUCUCUGAUUGGAGUGGGUAUUGCAUUGUCAGGAGUUCCAGUCUAUUUCUUUUUUGUUCGAGUCCCUGAGAAACGGAAGCCACAAUGUCUUCAGCGUGCUGCAGCUGCUCUGACCCGAUACACCCAGAUUCUGUGCUACUCAGUACUAACUGAAAUGGACCCAGAAGAGGAACAAGAAAAAAGUGAUUGAUAGACCUCCCCAUCAUUCCAUGACUGACUCAAAGAAACUUGAAGCCUUACUAAUUUAUUUCAUGAACUGUGCCUUUUUUUUUUAAAUUAACCUUUUUAUUGCACGGUGGCUGCAGAGCAGUUCUCUGGAUGGACAUGGGCCAACCAUUUCUCUCUGGGAGGGAAUAGUUGAAUAGCUUAAACGUUAAACCUUUUAUUAUUUCCAAGACAAGGUAUGGUUUAUAGUUUGAGGGCCAGCCUUGUGCCAUAGAGCAAUAUGCCCCUGGCUGAUCCAGUAUGAAGUUGAAGCCAUUUACACUACCAGUGUUCUUAUUUGCCUCCCAAUCACAUUCAUUUAUUGUGGAAUUUGGCUACAGGCAAGAAUGAGCAAAUUUCACAGAUCUAAUCAAGACACUUUUAGAUAUUCUUGUGUUUCUGGAUGACACAGUCAACAUGUUUAUAUAAAAAAACAGUGCUUUUGAGAACAUGUAAGCUAGUCAAACAAUGGAAAAUAGAAUUAUCUGAUACAAAACAAAUUAGGAAUUCAAGAUGUAUUAAAAAAAAAAUGGUAGCCCAGACCAUCAUCUAUACCUUUUGCUUCCAGAGUUAAAGUGGAUGGAUUCUCAGGCCUGAAAACAAAAGCUGUUUUAAAGACGUUUUCACCAAACAAUGCUGGACAAGAUGGAGGGGUUUACAAAUGUACUGUGCUGCUAAAUCAUCACAUAUCUGACAUAUGGGUAUUUAUGGCACUAGAUUAAAUCUGAUAUCAUACGUGAGAUAGCAGACAAAUGUUACCUUUCCUUGACACUCCAUGUAAGCUAGGUAUAGUAUUUAUACCAAGCUUAAAAAAAAAAAGUUAGCAAAUGGAUAUGUGUGGUUUACUAUAUGACUGGAAGGUGGCUAAUGGACUCUUGGCUGUGACCAAUUAAAAAUGAUAGUCUAGCCAUCCCAAAAACAAAGCAGUAACAUAGGGUAAAAGCACAAAAUAUUUUGAUUGACCUGAUCCUUUUAGGGAGAUCUUCAGCAACUAAAUGCUAAAACCACUGGCAUUGUACAUGAUCUUUCUCUUGCACUGUUGUGCUUUUUUCACCAGCUGUUUUAAGGUUUAAGAUCAAAAUUGAGUUUGUGAAAAAAAUCAUGAUGUGAAGUCCACAUUUCUGUUCACUCAUAUAGGAUCUUCAGAGUUCUGUUCACCAGAGGAAAACAUACCCUGAAGUGCACCGCAGGGAGAAGUUCAUAUAAAAUACGCUGAAAGAAGAAAGAUCUUGUAUCUCAUGAUAGGUGCCAAAUUGUCAUUGCUGGAAAAAAUGCAAUAAACGUUGAGUCUGAAAA